AUUCCAACAGCAGUCGCCCGGGAGGAUGGACACCAGGCUGGGAACAUGCGUACCUUCGGCGUUAAGUGCCCUGUAAGGUCACGGUCAAGGAUGAGUGACUCUGAACCUGAGGCAUUAAAAAUAAGGCAGCGCCGGCAUGGCAUCAGACACGACACGGCACCUGCGCGACAGCGACGGCGACAGCGCACGACUGGAAGCAAGAGCCUGCAGCACCCGCAGCAGUAUCAGCAGCGGUGACGCCAUGUGUACAAGGCUGUCAAAUCGCUCUGCGGCAGCAGCAGCAGCAGCAGCAGCAGCAGCAAGCAACAGCAGCAGGCAGUCGUAGAAAUAUCAGCAACACGAUGUGGCAGCUGUAUCGUACACCUUUCUGUCUCCUCCUCCUCCUCCUUCUUUCCGCCGUCGUCAGCAGCUGGAUGGCCACAGUCCCUUGUGUGACUGUCCCCUCCCUUCACCUCACCCUCGCCCCUCACCCCUCUCGCCUGUGACAGUCGCCGCGCACCCGACACCUGCAGCUUGCCUCUGUUCCGGGUACCGUGCAGCAAGGACGAAGCUAACUGCUUUAAAAAAAAAAAAAAAGGAAGGGAGCAACAGAUUACUGGAGGAGUCGAGCUUCUGAGCAGUGUGACGAUUCCCAGCGAUUCCCCGCCGCCAGCUCAAGAUGAACGACAAAAAGGAAAGGCGGAAGAGUGCUUCCUCUUCGUCCGGUGCCCAGCUGGCAGCGGCCCGCAGGGUCCGGGAGACCCCCUACCAGGACAUCUGCCGCAUUCGGCGCACCAUCCUCGCCCUGAGAGACGCCAAGGGUUCCCUUUCAUCCGACGACUACUUCGUCGACCCUUCCUUUGCACCGGAUAUGACGUCUCUCGCUUACGUAUAUAGCGGAGAUGACAAGUACGAGAGAACUAUUUUUCAACGCCCGCAUGAAACCCAAGACGAUCCCGUCUUCGUCGGGGUGGGAGGGGUAUGCGACGAACCGUUUCCAUGGCGACAGUGGAAGCUGCGGCAGUGGUUUCAUGCUGCGCUGGUGACCGUGUCGCUCAGCCUGAAACACUUGGAGAAGAUUAUACCAGGCUACAAAAACUUCGAGCAGGGCUUCAGCAAGGAUUACACCGGUGCGUUUCAUUUCAAUAUAUGGCGAUUUGGAGAGUGGGUUGACAUCGUGGUCGACGACCGGAUGCCCAUGCUGGACGGCCGACAUCUUUUCUGUGGCCCGAUGGGAAGCGCACAGGAGCUGUGGGGCCCUCUGGUGGAGAAAGCUUAUGCCAAGUGCAAGAAGACGUUCCAGUCCAUUGAGUAUGGACACACGCUGGACGCCCUGACGGAUCUGACGGGCGCCGUGUGCGAGCACUUCUCACCUGACGUUCGCCCGCCGUCAAACUUAUUCCGAAUCUUGCUCAAGUCACACCUGGCCCGCUCCAUGAUGGUCUGCUGGAGAAACGACAAGAGGCUGACCCCAACCGGGUUUACAGUCGACUCCGAACUUCAGGAAAACCAGAAUUUGCGGUAUCUCCAUGUCAUAACGGCCGUUACCAAGUUUCCUACAACGGACGGUCGUCUGGUGGAGAUGAUUCGCCUCAAGUGUCCCUUCCCUGGCGAAGCUAGGUGGCAGGGCAAAUUCUCAGAUAGAGACUCGGCAUCCUGGGAUUCAGUCAACCGUGACUUCAUGGAUCGCCUGCAGCCCCUUACCAAGAAGGACGACGAUGAGUACUGGGUCGCCAUGGAGGACUUCCGCUGCAACUUCGGAGGUCUCUUUGUCGUCAGCUCUCCAGAACCAUUUCGGGUGGACGGGCUGAGCUUGGCGCGUUGCUACCACCUGCCACCCGCGAUGGAAUGUUGGGAACCAAACAGCGGCCUUGCGUCGCCAGACCUGGCCAGCACCAACGGUUUGCAGCGGCGAGGCUCUGCUCCAAAACCGGACGACACGGUUGGCCGGUUGCUGGACUCGGACACGCUCAGCUUGGCCCGACGGCGCGCCAGUCACGCCUCGAUGGUGCCGCUGCGGCACGACGAGCGGCAUGGUCAUUCAAAGAGAGGCAGUGACAAGCAGGGUCACUUAUUCUUCCCCUUUCGAGACUACCAGCUCUUUGGGUGCAGGUCAUCCGAAGUGCCGAGCACACCCCCUGGCGUGGACCGAGACGCACCAGAGAACCAGUCAUCAACAUCGUCGCCGCCACCAAUGUCACCGUCAUCGCCUGCUAGCCUCAUUUCCUCGGAUCUCGACGAGCGGACCGCAUUCGGAGAAGCGGGGAUCAGGAACGGGAUUCACACCAGCUCGGUGAGCAGAAGCACGGGCCGCAAGAGUUGCGACCUUCAAAGGAGGGCGAUGGCUCAGAGUGAGGCCAACAGACUCAGCGGAAAGUUGGUGACAGCCGCGGUAGUUCAGCCGGAAGGGUCCAGGAGUAAGGUUCUCGCUGACAAGCGUUCCAGACAGACUUCGGAUGGUAAGCACCCCUCGAUGAUGACCUUCCCAGAAGGGAGUCCUGCGUCCGAAGGGAAUGCUCCUCUGGCCAAAACGUAUGUGACAACGCCACCCAAAACGCCGAGAUCCCCGUAUAUAGUUCCUGAAAGGGGAGUGACAGGGGAUGGUCAAACGUCACCACCAGCAGAGGAUUCCUGGCCGCCGACGUCACAGUUCACGCCACCUAACGUGUCAAAAGGCGAGUCCAGUAGAGCAGGAACAAGAAAUCUUCCGUCAGCAGAUUCUACGAAAGAGAGUCGUGUGUUGUCGUCGGCCUACACCAUGGCUACACCAGAUCGCCCAGUCUUUCAAACGAACGAGGGCAAUUGGAUGGUCAUGUCCUCUCUGUUGAUCCCCAACAGGAGGGGCACACUUCUCACAGUCUAUCAAUAACCCGUGAAAUCUCCUAAGUCACCCAAUGUCUCUGCUUCAAAAAGCGUGUCCGUUGAAAACCAGCCUCACCUGUCAGGAACCCUGCCCAAAUCUCCUAUGGCUGCACCUGCGAGACACACCAAAGUGACUAAGUCCGGAACUCUUCACGACAAAGAGAAGCCAGGUUCUUUAGGAACGCACUUUAUUGAACUGCCACAAAAAUCUUCUAACAAGUUCUCUCCCGAGGUGACUAGACCACUGAUUUCAACUGCCUGGAUGGGGGAUCAGGAAGAGACGGAAGUGAAAACUCCAUCAUCUUCUAGGAGCAAAGGAUCGUCUGCUUCAUCUCCCACGGGGAGUUUCCCUCGCUCCGCUCAUUCACUGGCGCACAGCGACAGUUCGGCAAGCGCCACCACGUCUCCUUCCAUCAAGACGACAUCGGUGUUCACGUUUCCGGCAGCCACUGAAUUUACUUCCCAUCAUCCCCACCAGCACAGGUCUGGGACGGCCAGCGCCUCAGCCAGUGCUCCACCCCACUCGGCGAAGUGCAAACCUCGCACCCCGACAAAGAAAUCUCGUGGUUCGAUCUCCAACCAGUCGGACUCAGGCAGCGCACACAGCUCGUCUGAGAUCUCGCUGCAGUUCAAGCCCACGAUGCAUGCGGCGAAUCUUGGCGGCGGCAGUGCGGCGGGCGGAAGCGGAGGAGGAGACGGGGCUUCAGGCUCUGGAUGCUUCGGUCGCGUGAUGGCCUCGGAGGAUCGACGACCCCACAGUGCCCCGCAGACCAACCUGGCCCGUCAUUUUUCCUCCAACUCUCUCUCCUCGCUGACGCAAGGUCAUUUCCGGGCCACCAAAGCCGACUACUUCCGGUCAGAAGGUCGUUGGCGUCUGAUGCUAGAAGCCUACGACAAGUGGACACGUUCAAAACCAUCUUCUUCCCGUGCCAACCUUGAUCUUCACUCCCGAUCACAGCGCCAUCACUUCCAAGUGACACGACUGGAGGGACCGGACGAGUUAUCUCCCCCCACUCUGCAAGGGAAGCGGCACGUGAUUGUGUCCCUUGUGCAGGAUUAUCGUCACGGCGCCAUCACCGCCAACAGCUUGUUGGUGCCUAUCGGGUUCUGCUUGUACAGGAGCAAAGGAACAGAAAAGGAUGAUAAGCGACACAUAUCCAAAUUUCAGCUUCUGGACCAGAUUCAAGGUGAGCCGGAAAUGCGAGAAGUCAACGCCAGAUUCGACCUCGAGCCCGGAAGCUACUUUCUGGUUCCGUUCUACAACUCAGACUCCCACGAAGGAGAGUACUUGCUGCGAAUUCUGACUGAAGAGAGUCUGCAUAUCAAGACAGGAUGCCGGGUGUCCUGAAAGUAUAACAGUGACAAACUCCUCUACCCAGAAGCGGAUGUUUGGAAUCGACGAUCGGCCAAAAACAACCAUCACGGACAGUUCCGGCCAUCAGGCUGCUCAGGAACAGCCGGU